GAUGCCACCAAGAAGAAAUGAGAAAUACAAACUUCCUGUUCCACUUCCAGAAGGCAAGGUUCUGGAUGAUAUGGAAGGCAAACAAUGGGUGCUGGGCAGGAUGGUUGGCUCUGGAGGAUUUGGAUUGAUAUAUUUAGCUUUCCCCACAAAUAAGCCAGACCAAGAUGCAAGACAUGUAAUAAAAGUGGAAUAUCAAGAAAAUGGCCCAUUAUUUUCAGAACUUAAAUUUUAUCAGAGAGCUGCAAAAAAAGACUCUAUCAAAAAGUGGAUAGAAUGCAAACAGCUUGAUUAUUUGGGAAUUCCUCGGUUUUAUGGAUCUGGUCUGACUGAAUUUAAGGGAAGAAGUUACAGAUUUAUGAUAAUGGAAAGACUAGGAAUAGAUUUACAGAAGAUCUCAGACCAGCAUGGUACUUUUAGAAAGUCAACUGUACUGCGAUUAGGUAUCCGAAUGUUGGAUGUACUGGAAUAUAUACAUGAAAAUGAAUAUGUUCAUGGUGAUAUAAAAGCAGCAAAUCUACUUUUGGGUUACAAAAAUCCAGAUCGGGUUUAUCUUGCAGAUUAUGGACUUUGCUACAGAUAUUGUCCCAAUGGGAACCACAAACAGUAUCAGGAAAAUCCUAGAAGAGGCCAUAAUGGGACAAUAGAGUUUACCAGCUUGGAUGCCCACAAGGGAGUAGCCCUGUCCAGACGCAGUGACAUUGAAAUCCUCGGCUACUGCAUGCUGCGGUGGUUGUGUGGGAAACUUCCCUGGGAACAGAACCUGAAGGACCCUGUGGCUGUGCAGACUGCUAAAACAAAUCUGUUGGAUGAGCUCCCUGAGUCAGUGCUUAAAUGGGCUUCUUCUGGAAGCAGUUGCGGUGAAAUAGCCCAAUUUUUGGUAUGUGCUCAUAGUUUAGCAUAUGAUGAAAAGCCAGACUAUCAAGUGCUCAAGAAAAUUCUGAACCCAGAUGGAACACCUUUAGGACCAUUGGAAUUUUCCACUAAAGGGCUGAGUGUAAAUGUGCAUACUACAAACAAUCAAAAGGUUGAUUCACGAAAGGCUACAACAAAACAAAUCAAUCAGAUGCAAAAUAGGUUAAUAGGAAAUGAAGUCGACAGAGAGAGAAGUGCUGAGUCCUGUGCAAUGCGGAGAAAAGUGCAAAGGGAGGAGAAGCUGAGUGGAUUGAUGAACAGUGAAGCAGCUCAGGAAAGCACAAGGAGAAGGCACAAAUAUCAAGAGUUUCAAGAACUUCUGAAGGAAGCAAAUAGUUUCCCCCAAAAAUCCAACUAUACACAAUUCCCAGAUUCAUUUUAUGAACCCCAUCAAGAUUUCACCAGUUCAGAUAUAUUCAACAAGUCAAGAUCUCCAUCGUGGUAUAAAUACACUUCCACAGUUAAUAUGGGGACCACAGAUUUACAAAGUUCUACAGGACUUUGGCCUGCAAUUUCUCAGUUUACCCUUAGUGAAGAAACAGAGGCAGAUAUAUAUUCUUAUGGCUUCAUAAUAAUUGUCCUUUUGACGUUAGUAUGUCUUGCAUUAUAUUUUCUCUGAAGAUAUCAAAUAAAAUCCUUUUGAUAAUUUUUAAGGUUUCCAGUUCUUCACAGAAACGUUACAUUCUUAUUUCAGGGUUUCCUCCCAGACAUUUUCAAGGUAAUUGGCUUAAAAAAGAUAAUAUAUUUUAACAAAGCAAGUUCAUAGACACUCUAAAAAUAAAGUUGCUUUAUA